AUGGUGCUGCUUGUCGGGGGAGGAACAGGGAAUGUCGGCUCCGCAGUGGUGCAAGCGCUGUCAUCUUCUGGCUUCGCUGUGAAGGUUUUGUCACGGGAUCUGUCCACAGCGAAAGCGUCGAAGCUCUCAAAUCUUCCGGGCGUCUCAUGUGUUCAAGGUGACAUGGGCGAUCGGACGGCCUUGGCAUCUGCGUUCGAUGGUGUCACUGCCUGCUUUCUGGGCUGUUCAAAUUCUGAACAGCAGGUCCGAGACGAGAUUGCCUUCAUCGACGCCGCUCAGGGAUCCGGCUGCCGGUACCUGGUGAAGCUGGGGACCUGCGGGGCUCCAGGCUACACCUCCGCAGACAGCAUCAUCCAGUACGGCCGUUUCCAUGCUGAGAUCGAGAAACACCUGGCUUCGACAGAUCUGGAAUGGACAGUCUUGAGGCCCAACUUUUUCUUGCAGAACCACAUGGCAGACAUCUUUGGAUCCGUUCCGCAAGGAGUCGUUGCGUAUCCAGUCCAGCCCACGAGCCUGGCACGCAGUGUGGACGUAAGGGAUGUCGGCCAUCUUGCUGCAAGGCUCCUGAUGCUGAGCCCCGAGGAAAGAGCAAAGCACCAAGGCAAGAUCUACGACGUCUGCGGCCCAGAGGCGGUCAGCACGACGGAUGCUGCUGCGCAUUUCUCAGCAGCACUCGGCCGCCCCAUUGAAGCGGUGCAGAUUCCCGCAGAAGCGUGGAGAGGGAAUGCGGAGAAGGCUGGCUUCCCGGCAUGGCUGGCGGAAGCAGUGUGCCGGAACUUCACAGACUUCUGGGACAAGGGACUCCUGGACUUCCCCAGCAGCCCAGAGGUCUUGGAGAUUUUUCCACCAUCGCGGACCUUGAAGGCCUGGAUCGAGGAGCACGCCUCGCUCGUCGCCGAGCUUCCAUCCUGCAUCUUCUUCGCAGAAACUGGCCUGGCACUUGUCGCAUAUGAAGCGUGGGACAUGGGCUUGCAGUUUUCCGCUUCUCGCAGGCCGCAGCUCUGCGAGGCGAAGCCGAGCCCCGGCCCGAGCCCCUGGCAGCAGAGGCAGAGGAAGUCGGAGCCUCUCGUGGGGCCGAACUCGGCCCAGCGGAUGGCCAGCGACGAGGAACGCCGUAGCUCGGUGGCUUUCGAGAAGAGGGUCACCAUGGCUCCGCCAGCUCCGUGGAUGGGAAGAUCAAGCUCCUCCCCAUCCCUUCGUGAGCCCGAGCCACGGGAGUCAGAGCCCAUGGUCCCCGCAGACUUCCCCUCCACGCUGCGGCGCGUGCGGCGGGGCGCACCCAGCCGUGCCAACAUCGCAGUCGGCACCACGCGCACUACAAGUUCCACAGCAUCAGCAGGGUCUGCAGGUCACACGGGGAUGCACCGAGCAGACCGCGGGAGGGCCGCUGAAGAGCUACUGGAGCUGGUGGAUGCGCGGGAGGAUCUCACCGCGACCACCGCGGCCCGCGCCUAUCUGAGAACUUCCGCAGCUCCUCCGGCACCUCCCGUUCCCGUGCGCAAGCUGCAGAGACCCAAGCCGGCCCACUUUGCGGCGCCACGCAGGACCUCCAACAUGAAAAGACCGCGACAAGCCCAAGAGAUCGACGUGUCUCCGGAGGCUGUAGACCCCUACGCCGCAUCCUUUGCCGAAGUGUCGGAGGUCUCGGAAGGCCUUCUCCUGACCGACCACGACCGAGACCGCCACGGGGGGCUGGAGACGAAGAGCAUGGACUCCGGCUACAGUUGGCCCUGGCAAGAAGGCAUUGAGCCCUUAGCAUCGAUGCUGCGCUCUCUGGAGUUCCAAGUGGAAGCCCUUUUCGAAUUGAUGGAUGCGCAUUCCUUCAAGGAAGAGGCAGAUGCCUCCGUUGUUGAUGUCAUCAACAGGAAGCGCGAAGCUCUCCACAACACGUUUGCGGCGUUGAAGGAGGCGCUGUGGUGGACGCGGUCUUCUGUCGAUGUGGAGGCAAAGCCGAAGAAGAGGAAGAGGAUGCCGCAGCCGGACGAGCCAGAUUGUGGUCAGCCGGGCCUUCUGUUGGCGGCUCCGAAGACGGAGGGCAAGUCGCAUCAGCCUGACCUUUCCGCACUUUGUGGGGGCUCGGUGCAUCAUGCGAAGCCAUAUCUGUUCAGGCGAGACACUGGCAACCUUCAAGUUCUGACAGAGCUGGAUUUCUGCAGUUUCGUGGACACCUUUCGGUCGCGACAGGCACGGCACACAGUGUCCUUUUACGGAGCGAUGGACAUGUUGUGGCCUGCGGCGACAACAGGGCUGGCCAGUGCGAUGUUCCGAGUCUCAAUGACGGUUGUCAGCUUCUUGGCCAAAUUUGAGACAGACACCUCCGGCACAUGGCAAUCUCCCGUCGACUUGAGGUAUGUGCAGGUUUCCGCUGCCGGGAAUCGCACCUUGCUCUUGCGCAGCGAUGGCAAGGCCUUAGCAAUUGGAGACUUUCCGGAGUUAGAGGGUGACAGGAAGUUCGUCCAAGUAGAAACAGGCCUGUUUCACAUGGUCUUGCUUACCAAUGACGGCCAAAUGUUUGUGAGAGCAGACAACGAAGUUCACGAGCUGAAUAUCCCAGACCUGCACGACAACCAGAGGUACGUCCAGGUAUCGGCUGGUGAUUUCCACGUGGUGUGGCUACUCAGCGAUGGCACUGUGGUGGCUGCAGGAGACAACCGUUAUGGCCAGUGUAGCAUUCCUUCUCCUGGGGAUCUGGAGUACACUAAGGUUUCGGCUGGAGGACUUCACACGGCAAUGCUGUGCAGUGAUGGACGAGUGCUGACCGUCGGGAACAACCGGUGCGGACAGUGCGAUGUCCCUGAUCUGCCAGCAGGUCUCAGAUAUGAAGACAUUUCGGCCGGCGACCUCCACACGGUUCUGCUGCGCAGCGAUGGCCAGGUGGUGGCCUUCGGCGAUGAUCACUGGGGUCAAUGCCAGGUGCCGGAACUCGAGGCAGGCGAGGUCUACGUUCCCAGCUGGCCGGGCGAUCACUCGCCCAUCGUGGUCCAGCUCGUACCGAGUGAUGCAGACCACAAGCACUGGAAAUGCUUCAGCCUUGCUGGGCGAGCCGUGCUGAGCUUUGCAGUGUCCGAGCUGUGUGUGGAGGAGUUUUGGACACGCCUGACGGAGCAGUUCCAUGCACCGAAGUGGAAACUUCAGGUGGUUCUGUCGAACGGUGAGCUCCUCUGCGACAGCAAGCUUCAUCAACUCUGCCCGGCGUACCGGGCCUUGGGCGCUUAG